ACUCAGCAUAUAAACCUUGCCCUCAAAUCAGCCUGCAUAGAACAGCAAGGGCUUAGUCUCCUUGACUCAUAUUAGCAGUGGUACAGAAGCAACGUUGGAAACCAGUUUAGAAUCUACACUUUGAUAUCCUAUGGAAUACCAAGCGCUUUUAAAACUCAUCAAAGGACAUAAUACAGAAGGUACAGUUUAGCUGCAUUUUGUUCUGCUCUUGAUACUAGUGUUGCCUGUAUUGGGAUCAUGGCAUCUGUUCCAUCAGCUGGUUGCCUCACAGCAAAAAAUCAGUUCUACAGAGUUCGUCAGAAUUCUGAAUCUAGUGUGGGUAGCGUGAGCAGUUCUGACUCAGGACUCUCAACUGAUCAAGAAAAAUCUAAUCAUGAUUUGCCUGAAAUAUUUGAGAAAUGCUGGUGGCUAAAAACAUUUUUCUACUGCGAACAGGUCCCAUCACCAUCAGUUAGGAUAAACAUGUCUACCAAUAGUAGUGGCAAUGCUGCUUAACCAUCUGAGAGUCUUGGCUGCAUCCGUGAAACUAAACAGAGGAGUGCUACCUGAAGAUAUGUCGUUAUAAAUGAAUAAUAUUGCUGCAAAAUGUCCUAAAAAUGGCAUUUUCUUUAAGCGGUAUUCUGGACAUGCUUUCCAGAUACGGUGUCGCCGGAGAUGGGGCUCUGCUCAUGAGAUGCUCAGCACUGAUAAGAGUUAAAUAAUUACUAAUAAUAGGAAUAACAUCAA